ACAUAGCUUUACACACCCACUAUCAAAUAAACUUAAAGAUUCAUCCCUUGCAUCAUUCAUCUGCAAGCCAUACAUCUCACCGAUAGAGGUCUCACAACUACAUAUCUUGCCUUACCUCAUCUUACAUAUCACACACUCAAUCCCGAACUCUCAUCAACAAAACCUCCAUAUCAACCUUCUUACGCACCAUACAUCACCACAAUCUCACACAUCACCCAGAAAGCAAAUGACAGUAAGAAUGUCCUCCACAGAAGACACAUCAGCGCACAAGCGCAACGCCUCCGCAACAAGCGCAGUCCAAACCACCCCUCCACCAGCAAAACGUGCUCCCACAACAUCAACUUCCUCAGUCGCAGCCCUCCCCCCUUUCCGCCGCGACUUCCCCCACACAAUCGCCCUCGUCAUGUACAACGACGGCGGCUCCGACGGCGACUUUACAAACACGACAUCCGUCGUGGGCGUCUAUGCCGCGCUCGCGGACGCGAACGCCGAGGUGCGGAGGAUAUCCCGCGCGGGAGACGGAGAAGGGAUGCCAGAGCCCUCCGCUGCGGACGCCGCUGCGCGGGAUAGGGAUCCUGUGCGGUGGCAUGGGCCCCACGGCACCUCGUGCUGGGUUGACGUGCACGCUAUCACGCCAAAGAGCAUUGUGCCGAAAUCUACGUCUGCGUCGCCGCCGCAGCAGAAGCAGGCGGGGGAUCAGCAGCCGAAGAAGCUUUACGAUUCUGAUGAGGGGGAGGAUCCUGAUCUUGAUGAUGAGUUGGAUGAGGGGGGUCACUACGAUUAAAGGGAAAACGUUUCCUCUAUCUUCCUCUUCCUCCCUGGAGCUACUUGGGAGGGGGAGUGAUCCCCUAGGUUUUGACGCAUGCGAAGUGAUCAUAAAAUGGUGUAUUGAAACCCAAUGGGUCGUUGAAUCCUCGGCUAUGCCUGGUGAGGUUCACGAAGCGUUGGAUAGGUAUAAUGGUUAUUAGGUCACAUGUAUAUGUGGCGGGCGUUCUUAUAGAUAUUGGAAAUCCCUCUAUUCUAUCUUCUUUCUAGGUAUC